AUGAGUGAAUUCCUUGUAUUACCAGGUCCUAAAGCUUUAUCCAACUUUAGGAUUAAUAAUUUAACUAAGGAUUUGAGUAAUGUUCAAGAAAUUUCCUCAAUUUAUGUUCAUUAUGUCUCAUUGAAGAAAUCUAUUAACCAACAACAAUUAGGAUUAUUGAAAACUUUAUUGACUUAUGAUUCUCCUAUUGAAGUUAAUGAUUUUACUGGGAAAUUAUGUCAAACAGCCGUUGCUACUGAAAAAUCCCAAAUUUCAUUAGAAAAAUCCCAAACUUUAGUUAGAAUCUUACCAAGAUCAGGUACUAUAUCACCAUGGUCAUCUAAAGCUAGUGAUAUUUCAAGUAUUUGUGGAUUAGGUGAAUAUGUUGAAAGAAUUGAAAGAGGUAUGGCUUUAUUAAUCGAAUCCCAAGAUGGAAAUGUCAUUGAUGGUGACCAUUUAUCUUCAGUAUUUGAUAGAAUGACUCAGACUUUAUAUAUCAAUGAUAAUGUUCCACAAUAUGAUGAUUUAUUUGCUCAUCAUUCUCCUAAACCUUUAGUUACAGUGGAUUUGUUAUCUAACACUGAUAAUUUGAUCAAUGCCAAUAAAACUCUUGGUUUAGCUUUAGAUCAAGGAGAAAUCGAUUAUUUAAUCAAUGCUUUUACCAAUAUUAUUGGUAGAAACCCUACUGAUGUUGAAUUAUUUAUGUUUGCUCAAGUUAAUUCUGAACAUUGUAGACAUAAGAUUUUCAAUGCUGAUUGGACCAUUGAUGAUUUAAAGAAAGAUAUGUCAUUAUUUAAGAUGAUCAGAAAUACUCACGCUAAGACUCCUCAAUAUACUAUUAGUGCUUAUUCUGAUAAUGCUGCUGUUUUAGAAGGUUAUGAUGGUUAUGUUUUCACCCCAGAUUUUGAAAGUAAGCAAUGGAAAUCUAUCAAAGAAAAAGUUCAUACUUUAGUUAAAGUUGAAACUCAUAAUCAUCCAACAGCUGUUUCUCCAUUCCCUGGUGCUUCAACAGGUUCAGGAGGAGAAAUCAGAGAUGAAGCUGCUGUUGGUAGAGGUUCUAAAUCUAAGGCAGGAUUAAGUGGAUUUUCAGUAUCAGAUUUAAACAUUCCUAACUUACCUCAACCAUGGGAAUUAAAUGUCGGUAAACCUAAUCAUAUUGCUUCUUCUUUGGAUAUUAUGAUUGAAGCUCCUUUAGGUUCUGCUGCUUUUAACAAUGAAUUCGGUAGACCUGCUAUUAAUGGAUAUUUCAGAACUUUAACUACCACAGUUAAGAAUUCUAAAGGUGAUGAAGAAAUUAGAGGUUUCCAUAAACCUAUUAUGUUGGCCGGAGGUUUAGGAUCUAUUCGUCCUGAUUUGGCUUUAAAAGAUACUAGAAUCACUCCAGGAGCUAAAUUAAUCGUUUUAGGUGGUCAAUCUAUGUUAAUCGGUUUAGGUGGAGGUGCUGCUUCAUCAAUUUCUUCUGGUGAAGGGUCAGCUGAUUUGGAUUUUGCUUCUGUUCAAAGAGGUAAUCCAGAAAUUCAAAGAAGAGCUCAAGAAGUCAUUACCACUUGUGUUUCUUUAGGAAAAGUCGAUAAUCCAAUUCAAUCCAUUCAUGAUGUUGGUGCUGGUGGUUUAUCUAAUGCUUUACCUGAAUUAGUUCAUGAUAAUGAUUUAGGAGCUAAAUUCGAAUUAAGAUCCAUCUUAUCAUUAGAACCAGGAAUGUCACCAAUGGAAAUUUGGUGUAAUGAAUCCCAAGAAAGAUUCGUUUUAGGGGUUCAUCCUGAUAAUGUUGAUAAAUUUAAAGCUAUUUGUGAAAGGGAAAGAUGUCCUUUCGCUAUUGUAGGGGAAGCUACUGAAGAAAAAAGAUUAAUUUUAACUGAUUCUUUAUUAGGUUCAACUCCUAUUGAUUUAGAAAUGUCAGUAUUAUUCGGUAAACCACCUAAAAUGUCCCGUGUAGCUAAAACUGAAGACUUAAAUCUCCCACCAAUUGAUUUAUCUGAUGUUAAAUUGAAUGAAGCUGUUGAUAGGGUGUUACAAUUACCGUCAGUUGGAUCUAAGAGUUUCUUAAUCACCAUUGGUGAUAGAUUUAUCACUGGUUUGGUCGAUAGAGAUCAAAUGGUAGGUCCAUGGCAAACUCCAGUGGCUGAUGUUGCUGUUACCAAUACUUCUUUAGGUGAAACCAUCUUAAAAACUGGUGAAGCCAUGUCCAUGGGAGAAAAACCAACUUUAGCCUUAAUUUCUGCCGCUGCUUCAGCUAAAAUGUGUGUUGCUGAAUCUUUACUCAAUUUGUUUGCUGCUGAUGUUCCAUCUUUGGAUAGAAUCAAAUUAUCUGCCAAUUGGAUGAGUGCUGCUUCUCAUCCAGGUGAAGGUGCUAAAUUAUACGAAGCUGUUCAAGCUAUCGGUAUGGAUUUAUGUCCAGAUUUAGAUAUAAGUAUUCCUGUUGGUAAAGAUUCCAUGUCUAUGAAGAUGAAAUGGGAUGACAAAGAAGUCACUGCUCCUUUAGCUUUGACCAUCACUGCUUUUGCUCCUGUUGAUAAUACUUCAAAUACUUGGACUCCUUUAUUAUCUUCAAAACCUGAUACUGUUUUAGUAUUAGUAGAUUUAGCUGCUGGGGUCACUAAAGCUUUAGGUGGUUCCGCUUUAGCUCAAGUCUAUAACCAAGUUGGUAAUGUUGCUCCUACUGUUCAUUCCAAUAAGAUUUUCAAAUCUUUCUUACAAUCUAUGGUCGUAUUACAUAAGCAAUUCGAUGUUUUAGCUUACCAUGAUAGAUCCGAAGGGGGUUUAUUCACCACCAUUGCUGAAAUGUGUUUUACUUCUAGAAAAGGUGUUGAAUUGAACUUAUCUGGAGAUGAUAACGCUUUAACUGAAUUAUUUAAUGAAGAAUUAGGAGCAGUAUUCCAAAUUGAAGCUUCUAAAUAUGAUGAAUUCGUUCAAAUCUUCGAAACUAACGGUAUUGAUGCCAGCUAUAUCACCAUCAUCGGUAAACCUACCACCACUCAAACUUUAUCCAUCACUUAUAAUAACGAAAAAGUGUUGGAAAGAAGUAGAAGUGAAUUACAACAAUUAUGGUCAAACACUUCAUACCAUAUCCAAUCAUUAAGAGACAAUCCAGUAACUUCCAAACAAGAAUAUGAUGCUAUUGCUGAUGAUAAAGAUCCAGGUAUCUCUUACCAAUUAUCUUAUAAUGUUAAUGAUAAGUUAGAUAUUGAUUUCAGUCAAAAACCUAAAGUUGCCAUUUUGAGAGAACAAGGGGUUAACUCUCAACAAGAAAUGUCUUGGUCUUUCCAACAAGCUGGUUUCGAUACUUAUGAUGUUCAUAUGUCUGAUAUUUUAACUGGUAAAGUCACUUUAGAUGAUUUUGUUGGUUUAGCUGCUUGUGGAGGAUUCUCUUAUGGUGAUGUUUUAGGUGCUGGUGCUGGAUGGGCUAAAUCCGUGUUGUUCAACGAUAAAGCUAGAAAUGAAUUCAAAAAAUUCUUUGAAAGAGAUAAUACCUUUGCUUUUGGUGCUUGUAAUGGAUGUCAAUUCUUUAGUAGAAUUCAAGAAUUAAUUCCUGGUACUGAUAACUGGCCAACAUUUGAAAGAAAUGCCAGUGAACAAUAUGAAGCUAGAUUUGUUAUGGUUGAAGUUGUUGCUGAACAAACUAACAGUAUCUUCUUAAAAGGUAUGGAAACUUCCAAAUUACCUAUCGCUGUUGCACAUGGUGAAGGUAGAGCUAGUUUUAUUGAUGGUAAACAAGCAAGAUUUGAAGAUGAUAAACAAAUGGUUAUUAGAUAUGUUGAUAACUAUGGUAAUGCCACCACCCAAUAUCCAUUCAAUCCUAAUGGAAGUCCAAAUGGUAUUGCUGGUAUUUCCUCAGCUAAUGGUAGAGUAUUAGCUAUGAUGCCUCACCCAGAAAGAGUUACUAGAUUAGAAUCCAAUAGUUAUUAUCCAGAACAAUCAGGUGAUUGGGAAGGUUAUGGUCCAUGGAUUAGAUUAUUUAGAAAUGCUAGAAAAUGGGUUGGUAGUAAUUUUUAA